AUGAAGGUUAUUGGACUGACAGGCGGCAUUGCGUCGGGAAAGUCGACCGUCUCUAAAAUGAUACGGCGACACCGGAUACCAGUCAUCGACGCCGAUUACUUGGCACGCAAGGUAGUGGAACCAGGGAAACCAGCUUAUGAUCUGAUAGUCAAGAACUUUUCCAAAAACAUUUUACUUAGCGAUGGCACGUUGGAUAGAACAAAGUUGGGCAAUGUUAUAUUUCCAGAUGAAAAUAAGAGAAAGUUGCUCAAUCGAUGUGUACACCCGUUUAUAAGAAGAGAGAUUUUCAAGCUUGUUGUAUGGUACUGGGUAAAGGGAGAAAGCCUUGUCGUGUUGGAUGCUCCUUUGCUGAUAGAGGGAAAGCUGCACACAUAUAUGAGUUCGACCAUUGUAGUGUAUUGUUCUGAACAGUUACAAAUAAAUCGCAUGAUGGAACGAGAUGGUCUAUCUGAGCAAAGUGCCCGAGAAAGAAUCGCAGCCCAGAUGCCGAUAAAUGAAAAAGUACGAUUUGCUGACUAUGUAAUUGACAAUUCGGGAGACUUGUCAGAGACUGAACGACAGGUGAAUCAAAUCAUGGCCAAGAUCAAACCAAAGUUGUGGUAUUGGUUAUUGACUUGGUUGUUGCCGCCUGUUGCUGCUGCUUAUGGAUUGUUGCGUUUGGUGAACAGUUAG